GCCGCCCGGUCGCGGUGCGGCAGGGGCCGGGGCGGCCGCGGGGGUUCGGGGCACGGACGGAGGAGCUGAAAUGAUACAGAAAACUGUUAGAAGCUGCGACUGCAAAAUGAGCUCCUUUUACUUGAUGCUGAAAGGAGGUAAACCAAAGCUGCAAGAAUUAUGAUCAGCUCUUUGACAAGUGACAGGAAAACCACAUACAAGGCAACUAAAUAAAGGCUAUGCAUAAGAUGACAUCUACAUUUUUGCUUAUUGGUCAUCUAAUUCUAGUCAUACCUUUGUUCAGUGCUGAAGAAUGUGUUAUUUGUAAUUACUUUGUUCUUGUUGGAGAACCUACAGCUAUCAGUUGCCCAGUAAUUACAUUGCCAAUGCUUCAUUCUGAUUACAAUCUGACUUGGUAUAAAAAUGGUAGUAAUACACCAAUAACCACGGAGACACAUGCCAGGAUCCAUCAGAGGAAGGGCUUGCUUUGGUUUAUUCCUGCAACACUUGAAGAUUCUGGGCUUUAUGAAUGUGAAGUAAGGAGUCUUAACCGCUCUAAACAGAAAAUUAUAAAUGUAAAAGUUUUUAAGAAUGAUGAUGGUUUGUGCUUUAAUGGAGAAAUGAAGUAUGACCAAAUAGUGAAGAGUGCAAAUGUUGGAAAGAUUAUAUGCCCUGAUCUAGAAAACUUUAAAGAUGAAGACAAUAUUAAUCCUGAAAUACACUGGUAUAAGGAGUGUAAGUCUGGAUUUCUUGAAGACAAACGACUUGUUUUGGCAGAGGGUGGAAAUGCCAUAUUGAUCCUCAAUGCUACUAUCCAAGACAAAGGAAACUACACGUGCCGUAUGGUAUAUACAUUCAUGGGAAAACAAUAUAAUGUCUCACGCACCAUGAAUCUGGAGGUUAAAGAAAGUCCACUGAAGAUGAGACCGGAGUUUAUUUACCCAAACAACAAUACAAUUGAAGUGGAACUUGGCUCUCAUGUAGUCAUGGAAUGCAAUGUAUCAAGUGGUGUGUAUGGCUUGCUUCCAUACUGGCAAGUUAAUAAUGAAGAUGUUGAUAGCUUUGACAGCACCUACAGGGAACAGUUUUAUGAAGAGGGAAUGCCUCAUGGGAUUGCUGUGUCUGGAACAAAAUUUAACAUUUCAGAAGUGAAAUUAAAGGAUUAUACUUAUAAAUUUUUCUGUCACUUCUUUUAUGAUUCUCAAGAAUUUACAUCAUACAUCAAAUUGGAACACCCAGUUCAGAACAUUCGGGGUUACUUGAUUGGAGGAGGAAUUUCUUUGAUAUUUUUAUUGUUUCUUAUACUCGUUAUCUACAAGAUCUUUAAAAUCGAUAUUGUGCUUUGGUAUCGGAGCUCCUGCCAUCCUUUCCUGGGUAAAAAAGUUUCAGAUGGAAAGAUCUAUGAUGCUUAUGUUCUAUAUCCAAAGAACAGAGAGAGCUGUUUGUACUCAUCAGAUAUUUUUGCUCUGAAGAUACUGCCAGAAGUCUUAGAAAGACAGUGUGGAUAUAACCUCUUUAUAUUUGGGAGAAAUGAUUUAGCAGGAGAAGCUGUGAUCAGUAUUACUGAUGAAAAAAUCCAUCAAAGUAGAAGAGUAAUAAUUAUCUUAGUACCAGAACCAUCAUGUUAUGGUGUUUUAGAAGAUGCAUCUGAAAAACAUCUUGCUGUGUAUAAUGCUCUUAUCCAGGAUGGUAUAAAAAUAAUUCUGAUUGAACUUGAAAAAAUAGAAGAUUAUGCAAACAUGCCAGAAUCCAUCAAAUAUGUUAAGCAAAAGUAUGGAGCUAUCCGAUGGAAAGGGGACUUCUCGGAAAGGUCACACUCAGCAAGUACGAGGUUCUGGAAAAAAGUGCGCUACCACAUGCCGUCCAGAAAACAUGGAUCUUCAUCAGGGUUUCAUUUGUCACCAUAAGACUUGAAUUCUCCCCAGGCAACAACAGAAAAAUGA